AUGGCCAACAAUCCCUCCAACCAACCAGGUCCCCAUGGUACUAGCGAUGGUAGCAAAGCCAAUGACACCCAGCGCGUUAGGAAGCGUGACGUAAUCCGCAAGAGCUUCGGCUUCUCCAAAUCCAAGGCCAAAGGGGCCGAUGCCACGGUUACCAACCAGGCAGUGAGUGGUCAAACCCCUCCUCAAAUUGUAGGACCGCCUACUACAUCCUCAGCCAGUGACAUCUACUCUAUAGACAAUCACGUUCUUGCUUCCACCCCUCUAGUUGACAAGUCCCUGCCUGUACCUGUCGAAACCAAGCGAACCUCGAACAUCUUUCUCGAGAACUUGCCUGCACCUGUGAUGAAGACUGAGUUGCCUGCCGUCCAGGAUCGCAUUGAGGUCACUCAGCAGUUGGCCUAUUGCUGUGCCUUGCUUCUCCAUGGCUCAUCUCCUCCCCAAGCUACCGCUGCUGAACUUGAAGAGCAGGCCCGCGAUCCCGCCAUAACACUGCAGAGGUUCCAAAACCUUGACAACAAGGAACUUGAUUGGCUUGCACUGAUGGACAAGAACUUACCUGCGAAAGAACGUAUCUACUGGCUAGGAACACGCAUGGUCGACGAGUUUGCCAAAGAUGUCCUCAAAGACUCGACCGAGAUUGCCGAAAUUGUCCUUCUUGGCCCUGUCUUGGACAAGGAGACUUACCGCAGCCUGCUGUCAUGCACCAUCACCGCAUUCGAGCAGUCUGUUCUUCUGAAUGUCGAUCUCCUGCAAGGCGUAGUUCAGUUGGUCCAAGUGGCCCCUCCUGACUCUCUGAUCUCCGACGACUUGGUCAAGAUCCUCCGUGUCCUUAGGAUUUGCUUGCAGGACACCCACCAGCAGUCCUCGGUGUACCCUUUUCAUCUCACACUGGCACUGUCGCGACUUCUUGACGUGAUGGCGGAGCACAAGGUCAAGGAUUUGAACCGCGUCGAGGAUCAUGAGCCUUUGUCGGGAAUCUUGUCAGGGCUGAAGAGUAGCUCGGAUGCGUACCUGAUGUACCAAGCUUGUUAUGCAUUCCAGGCGCUCCAGUAUGUCCCUGAUGAUGAGAGUGCACUUCAGUCAGUUCUUCGACAUGGGACUGGAGUUGUAAAUGGCCUCAUCCAGGUUUCUGGUGUAUUUAAGCUGGAUCUAGGAGCAGUUCUUGAGGGUCUAGGAAACCUUCAAGAAGCACUCGGCGGGAUCAUGGGAGUUGCCAGUGAUGUCUACAAGGGUGUGAACUCUGUGAUGGAGAGCGGCCGCGGAGUUCUGGAUGGUCUCAAGGAAGGAUUCUCUGAAGGAAAGAAGCGGUCAUGGUACGCAGCCAUCCGUGUUGCUCAGGCUCUUCUCCAAGCUGGCCAACUGAAGGAUCUCAACCAACUCAUAUACGAGGCACCUUGUCGUGGUGAUCCCUUGUUCCAAUGGGGUAUCUGCCAGAUUCUGGGAGAGAUCGCAUCCGAUGUCAUGUGGGAUAUCAAUGUCCGCCAGCAAGCCAUCGACCUUCUUGGAGACCUGUACAAGAACGAUUCACAGUGGGGGAAGGAUGAAAGCAUCAAGACCUGGAUGGUUAACAUUAUUGGCCAACUCAGUACCGUUUCAGACCAGGCCGUCAAGACCAUCACCAUUGCCUUACUCAAAGACCUUCACCAGGAUCAAGGCACCACCAGCCGACUCCUUUACCCACUGAGGAAUCGUCUUCCUCUACCUGCAUCGUCUCCAAUCCUGGCGCGCGUUCAAAACAUUACACCCCUCGAAUACGAUCUGUGCCAAUAUCAAAUCCAGCGAUUGCAGCAGCAUCGCCAGACGGUCUACAUUUCACCGUUGGCGAAACCUAAUCUGAAGGCCAAGGAUGAGGAUGUAUUCCCUCUGCUGGAGAAGGUCCUAGAGUUCCUGGCGAGUGAGCGACAAGUGAUGUUGAUACUGGGUGACUCUGGAUCUGGCAAGUCGACAUUCAAUCGCCACCUCGAACAUCGACUGUGGACCGAUUACAAGCAAGGCGGACCUAUCCCCCUGUUCAUCAACCUUCCCGCCAUCGACCGCCCAGACCAGGAUUUGAUCGCCAAGCAUCUGAGGGCCAACAACUUCAGCGACGACCAGAUCCAAGAGAUGAAGCAGCACCGCGAACUCAUACUCAUCUGCGAUGGGUACGACGAGAGUCAGCAACAGGACAACCUCCAUCGAAGCAAUGCGCUGAACCAGCCAGGACAGUGGAACAUCAAGAUGGUCAUCAGCUGUCGCACCCAGUUCCUCGGAACCACUUAUGUCGAUCGGUUCAAGCCGCAGCCCACAGAUCGUUAUGCUACUGGUCCUCAUGAUGUCUUCCAAGAAGUUGCGAUCACCCCCUUCUCCAAGGAUCAGGUCAAGAACUAUGUCGAGCAAUAUGCCCAAGAUCCACAGACGAUGCUUUUAUUCAGAAACCAGAACCAGUCUGCCUGGUCCUCGGAGGAGUACAUGUACAAGUUGACAGCCAUCCCCAAUAUCAUGGAUCUCGUCAAAAAUCCAUUCCUGCUCACCCUCGCUCUCAAGGCUCUCCCUGGCCUGGUGGCCUCGAACAAGGAUCUUGCGAGCAUUCGCAUCACCCGCGUUCGUCUUUACGAUAUGUUUGUGGACCAGUGGUUGGAGACGAACCGACUACGCAUCCAAGUCAACAAGCUGAGCCAGAAGGAUCUGGAAGCAUACACCUCCCUGAUAGACGAUGACUUUAUUGGAUGCGGGAUCAGCUACCUGCUUCGUCUAGCUGCGGCCAUUUUCAAAGAACAGGACGGCAACCCGAUUGUCCAGUAUGUCCAUCGACAGGAAAAGGACUCUUGGAAGGCGGAGUUCUUUGGGACUGAUCCGGAGGCCAAGCUACUCCGUGAGGCCUCCCCAUUGACUCGCACGGGCAACCAGUUCCGAUUCGUACAUCGAUCAGUGCUGGAAUAUAUGUUCUCUCGCGUCAUCUACAACCCAGCCGAGACUGUGGAGGAAGACAUGGAUCCAGAAUCUGAGACCGCAUCCCCCACCGCUCUCUCGUCGGACGACAACGGCCCGUUAUUCCAGAAGAGCUUGCUUGCUGAGCCAUCCAUCAUCCAGUUCCUGUGCGAUCGGGUCAAGUCAAUCCCUGCUUUCGAGCCACAACUCCGGGCUGUGAUCGAUCAGUCCAAGACCGAUGAGACUGCAACCAUUGCCGCCACCAACGCCAUAACGAUUCUUGUCCGAGCUGGUGUGGCCUUCCACGGUGCCGAUCUCCGCGGUGUCAAGAUCCCUAGUGCCGAUCUUUCCGGCGGUCAGUUUGACUAUGUGCAGCUUCAAGGAGCAGACUUGACGGGUGUCAAUCUUUCGAGGAGCUGGUUGCGGAAGGCGGAUUUGAGUGGCGCACAGAUGAAGGGUGUCCAAUUUGGGGAACUACCGUACCUGGAGUUGAGUGACGCUGUGUAUACCUGUGCCUACUCGUCUGAUGGAACAAUGUUUGCCGUGGGUGUGUUGGGCUGGACAAUCGACUGCGUUAGCAUUUACGACACCUCAUCAUGGACGAGCACCUAUUCUUUUACAGUACCGGAUGAAGUGCGAACUAUAGAAUUUUCACCCGACGGCACAAGAGUCGUGUCUGGAGGGAAGAAGAGGUUGGUUAGGCUGUGGGAUUGUGCCAGCGGCCAAGAGAUGUUCGUCAUGGAAGGGCACAGUGACUUUGUGAAAUCCGUUGCUUUUUCUCCCUGUGGCAAGCAAAUCGCCUCAGCCGGAGAAGACAACACAGUACGAGUGUGGGAUUCUCAGACCGGAGAGUGUCUCUUUGUCUUGGAGGGUCACACGAGCGAAGUCUCGAGCGUCAAGUAUUCUCCGAGCGGAGAGCGACUGGUGUCGGGCGGUUGUGAUGAUACGAUUCGGGUUUGGAACUCGGAGACAGGAGAGCCAGGGGUCGUUUUGAACUGUUCCCUAGGCGCGACUGACAGCCUGGCCUUUUCUACUGAUGGACGGUGGAUUGCUUCUGGUCAUGCGGGGGGUGAAUUGCAACUUUGGCACGCGGUGUCUGGAGAGCCAGGUCCUGUCCUGCAUGGUCAUACCGAUUACGUUACGGGUAUUGCGUUUUCUCCUGAUAGCCGGUGGAUCGCUUCUUCCAGCAGUGACGGCACAGUGAGACUAUGGGACGCAUCGACAGGCACUCUCAUUAACACGCUGUCAAGUCACAAGGCCAUUGUGAACGAUGUCGUCUUUUCUCCGAAUGGCCUUCAAAUCGCAUCGGGUGGGAAAGACAGCAGGGUGAGACUGUGGGAUGUCGACUCUAUUUUGACGUCGAGUGUUGAGCAGCAGGAUCAAAUCGGGCCAGUAGAGAAGACAGUGUACUCCCCAAAUGGCCAAGCUAUUCUUACAGUCGGCAACAUCCACGGCCUCCGCAACAGCCAAACCGUCCAGCAAUGGGAUUCUCUCACAGGGGUGCCUGUACCACUUCCGAUCGAGUUACCAGAAUCUCUAUCAGUCUGGUUCGUGUCAUAUUCAUUAGACGGCAUCCCAACCGCUGCCGUCUAUCAAGACGAUCAAGACGAGACUGUUCAGUUAUGGGAGCUUCAGGCAGGAGGUCCAAAGUCUAUUCUAGAAGUCCCAAGGCCGGCGAAGAACAUUACCAUGUCGCCUUGCUGUCGUUGGAUCGUGUCUGUUGACUGGGAAAAUACCGUGACACUGUGGGACCUUGCCAGCACUCAACAAAAGCACGUACUUAUUGAGAAUGGCGGAGUUGAUGGAGAGAAUAUCAAUGGCGUGGCAUUCUCGGCGACCGGACAUCAGCUCGCAGUUGGCACUCAGGGCGGCACCAUCUGGUUCUUUGAUACUCAAUCGAAAGGUUUGAUAACGUCCAAGUCGACACAUGGGAGUAUUGAGGCGAUGUCGCUUUCGCCGGACGGCCAGCAGCUUGCAGUCUUAAGCUAUGAUAGCUCGAUCUACCUUUGGGGCGUACAGUCAGAGGAGCAUGCUAUCGAGCUGGGAGGACACACAAAGGUGGUGAAAUGCAUUGCCUACUCACCUUGCGGCGAAUGGAUUGCUUCCGGCAGUGAGGACAACACAGUUCGAGUCUGGCGCAGGCGGCGACCACCAGGCGAUAUGGAGAACUGGUCGUGUGUCUCGACGAUCCAUGGUUACUUUGACAUGGUCCUUGACAUUGCCUGGAAUCCGACAGUUCCUAUGGAAUUUGUCACUGGCUGCGAGGACCAAUCUGUCCGAGUCUGGCGAGUGUCGAUCGAUGGUGAGGAUGUUGUCGUCAAGCUACUCUGGGGUACCAAUUUUGCGAUUCUCCACGCCGCCGAUCUUGUGCUCAAGGGUACGACUGGUCUUAGUCCGAUGCAAAAGAAGUUGUUGGUCCAGCGCGGCGCCAUUGACGAUUCAUUAACAUUGGAGAAAAAUGGACGACUGGACGUUGAGGAGUAG